UUUGUUUACGGCAGCCGUACAUUUGGUUCGGUCGGCGACACGAAACUGUUGUUCGAGUUCAAAAUCCUUCUCCUAAACGUUCUUGUAAUUGAUUUUGAUUUAUAUGUUCGUCAUUCCUAAUUUUGAAACGGGAAAAUUGAUCUCAUAUCAAGAUAGUGUGUGUGUGUGAGAGAGAGAGAGGCGAGGGUUAGGGUUUGUGAAUCGAAUUCAGAUGGAAAGAGGGAAGAUGACGGAGGUGAUGCUUCAUAUAUAUGAUGUCACAAACAGUGAUUCAGAAAAGACCAACAACACCAUUGUUCAGAUCAACAGGAUCUUCAAAGAUGGAAUCGGUCUCGGUGGUAUCUUCCACAGCGCGGUUCAGAUUUAUGGAGAGGAUGAAUGGUCAUUUGGGUUCUGUGAACAGGGAAGUGGAGUUUUUAAUUGCCCUUCUGGGAAAAAUCCCAUGUACACAUAUCGAGAAUGCAUUGUUCUUGGGAAAACAGACCUUUCUAUUUCCAAGGUGAAUCAGAUACUCAGGGAACUUAGUAGAGAAUGGCCAGGAGACUGUUAUGACUUGCUGUCAAGAAACUGCAAUCACUUCUGUGAUGAGUUCUGUGAGAGACUUGGUGUGCCUAAACUUCCAGGUUGGGUGAACAGGUUUGCCAAUGCUGGCGACACUGCUGUAGAGAUAGCAGGAAACACUGCUUUUCGGUUGAGACAAGCUAAAACAGAGAUAGUGUCGGCUAGCAAAGUGGCAUAUCAAUUUCUUGCUGGCAUCGCUUCAAACACGGGAGCAGAUUCCAUGGACAGUGCAAGUAAAGGCACCCCCAUAAAGUUCCAACAACCGGCUUGGUUCAAAAACCUCGUGGCUGCUGGUGAAAAACCAUCAAGUAGUGGUAGCGCACUUGAAAACGAUCUUGUGCACUCUUUGUCACCCGAAAUACCACGAUGAUGUUUGAUGAGGACUUGCAACAACCAUGGUAAGCUUUAGAUUCACUAGAUGUAAAACAUUUGUUUUUUUUAUGAUCAACAAUCUUUGCACGAUUGCAGGAAAAGAAAAAAAAAACAACAUUAUAUACUUGCAUGGUCCGAUAAUAUGGCUUUUGUUGUAUCUUGUUCUUGAAUUCUAGUACAAGUCGAAAACGGGGCACUAUUUUAGCUGAAGCAAAAAGGGCAGCUUUUCCAAAGAACAAAUAUUCUAAGGUAAGUUGCAAUGUUGUUGAUUUUCAUGAAAUAUGAAUGGUGACCAAAUUACAUUGAGCUGUUUGGAAGAGAAUUGAAUUUUC